ACACACACAGAACGGCAACAAUGGAGGCUUCCACUGAUCUCGCAUCUGUAACUCACCUAAGGAUCUGGAUCGAGAUGAUUCCAAACCAGAGUGUCUGGAAUUAGAGCAUUUCCUUCAUUUUCCUCCUCUUUUCCCUUGCUAUUUUCUCUAUUCUCCAUCCCGAAAUGCUGUUCGGAGUCGACCAUGGACAGGGAGGCUAACCUUCCGGUCCCGUCCGAACUUGCGAAGAAAGUGAGCCGUCAGACCAUCCCGGAAACUACGUCGUCGUCUUCAUCCUCAUUUUCUUCUUCCUCGCCGCCGGACUUCCUUCGACAUGUUCAAGCUGCAUUCAAGCGCCAUCGACCACUUGGUGUGACGCAGACAAAUAGUAUAAGACCCAGGCGCUUGUUAGUUCCCCAAAGAGAGGUGUCAAGGAACCCUCGUUCGCAGGCUGGGCUUGCAGAGAAUGUUAAGGAGCCUCAAAAUGAAGUUUCAUUGAAUCAAAAUCAUGCAGUGAAGGAUUUGAUUGAACAGACGAAGAGCACAAUGACUAUUAUUGGAGAAACUCCAGAUGAAUCAGUAACACCGCUUUCUAUUUCAGGCCUGAUGACCAAAAGCUUUGAUGGAAGUUUCGCACCUGAUGCCCACAGAGAUGAACUUGUGCAUGGUGCUGGUUGUCAAUCAAGGAAUGUGUCGUCCGCUUUAAAUGCAGGAUCCCAGCAUGUUGAUGGCCAAAAAAUGGUUCGGUUUUCUGUUAACAGCAACAAGACAUCUCAGGGGGCCCAUGAUCUAAUGGCCUGUGGAGGGGAAAACUUAUCAUCUCAUAUGGGUUCACUUGCAUUGACAGAGAUGGAUUGGAUAGCCGGCAAUCAAGGAGAAGUUUCUACCGUAAUAAAUCAUGAUGAAUCUAAGCACCGAAAUUUUUCGAACACAGAGUGUGAAAUGAACAUGAAGAACAAUGGUGGGAUUUCGAUGCUGGCACAGAGAACACCAGCUAUGGAAGAUCAACUCAAGCGAUUCGGAGACUUUUUGGCUCAACCUGUUAGUCAGCCUUCAUUUGGACCAUCUUAUGCAACCACCACGUCAGUUCACUCGAGUUCAGUGCCUAUGCUCAAUUCAACGACCUAUUGCUCUCAUUUGCAUCAAGAAGGUGUUGGUAAUAUUGCUACCGAACCUUUGAGUGGCUUUAGUGCAAAUAUUCAACAUGAAGCUAAAAGAAAUGUGAUGCCAACAUCAGGGUCUUCUCUAAAGGACAUUAGUGGUGAGGACAAGAAUGGGAAAGGCAAUGAUGACAUACAUGCUCUUAGCCGUGCUGUCGAUACUGAAAAAGUUAGAAGGCAAAAUGACAUCUCUCAUGAGCAAAGGGGAAAGUUAACUAGAGAAAGUGAUAUUCCAAAACAUGCUUUGCAACAUAAUGAUAAACCAUAUGAAGGCAAAGGUUUCAUAGGGGAUGCCAUGGAUACAAAAUCAAAAGCCCAAGUACCCAAAAAGUCAGUUUCUGAUGUGAAUUUGGAUCCUUCUGGUUCAGAGAAACAAGAAAAAGUGGCAAGUGGGAAGAGCAGUUCAACAAUUCGUAAGAGGAAUUAUGAUCCAGACUUGUUUUUUAAGGUUAAUGGAAAGCUUUAUCAAAGACUUGGCAAGAUAGGCAGUGGAGGAAGCAGUGAGGUUCACAAAGUCAUCUCAUCAGAUUGCACGAUAUAUGCACUUAAGAAAAUUAAACUUAAAGGUCGUGAUUAUGCCACUGCUUAUGGGUUCUGUCAGGAAAUUGUGUAUUUAAAUAAGUUGAAAGGGAAGAACAACAUUAUACAACUUGUAGAUUAUGAGGUAACGGAUAGGACUUUACUUCAGGAAGUAUUGAAUGGCUCCACGAAUAAUAAAGAUGCUAGGGUCAAAGAUGACGGAUAUAUAUACAUGGUGCUAGAGUAUGGUGAAAUUGAUUUGGCUCACAUGCUCUCACAGAAAUGGAAGGAAAUUGACUCGGAUCAGAUAAUAGAUGAAAACUGGCUUCGAUUCUAUUGGCAGCAAAUUCUACAAGCUGUGAACACAAUACACGAGGAACGCAUAGUUCACUCUGAUUUGAAGCCAGCAAAUUUUCUUCUUGUCAAAGGCUCCUUAAAACUAAUUGACUUUGGUAUUGCAAAAGCCAUAAUGAGCGAUACAACCAACAUCCAAAGGGAUUCACAGGUGGGUACACUGAGUUACAUGUCACCUGAGGCAUUUAUGUGCAAUGAGAAAGAUGCAAAUGGAAACACCAUCAAGUGUGGUCGACCAUCUGAUAUUUGGUCCCUUGGCUGCAUUCUUUAUCAGAUGGUUUAUGGGAGGACCCCCUUCUCCGAGUAUAAGACGUUCUGGGCUAAGUUCAAAGUUAUUACAGACCCAAAUCAUGAGAUUAAAUAUGAACCCAUUGGUAACCAUUGGCUUGUUGAUCUAAUGAAGAAGUGCCUUGCAUGGGACCGCAAUGAGAGAUGGAGAAUUCCUCAGUUACUUCAACAUCCUUUUCUCGUACCCCCAGUCUCCCCACACCUAUCCUUAUCUCAACACCAGAGUUCCAAACUUCUGCAACUCAUUGCAGAAACUUGUGAAAAUGACCAGGAAGCCUCAUAUCUAUGUUCUCAGCUUCAACAACUGCUCAUUAACUCCGUGCAGCCGGUGACAUCUCUCUUAAUAACUUCUAAAGACGAUCAAAGCGAGCUAUUUUCCCAAACGUCAAAGAACUUUUUUCUGCAACACAAAAAUCUAGCUACUCAAAGAUGAGUGAAAAUCUUAAUUUUGUUCCUUGUUCAAGGAAUGGUUUCGAGUUCUCUUCGGCCUGCACAUUUUAGAUUUGAGUAGCUAAUGAUUGAUAGAAUGUGAGAUUGCUCCUUGGUAGAUACUUCUUUUGCCUCUCCAGGUUCGGUGCAUUAGAACAUACUCCCGGUCGGAAGGGUGGAUGAUGAAUUUAACACCUCUGUAUUGUUUGCCAGUAGUGUAGAAUGUAUAUUGUUAUAACUGUGUUCUUGGCUUUGACGAUGUAAAUUGGUUGUAGUUUUGUUCGAGAGCUUGCCAUUUAAUGUUUCUUCUGAGAUUCAACACAGAAACUAUGCAUUUGAACAUCUAUCGAAAUUUGACAUAUUUGCA